GGUACUUAAUUGGAGUACCGUCGGUAAUGCAGCGUUCUGCAAUCCUCGACACGAGGAUUCGGGUUUGUUUACUUUACGUCGUACGUUUUUUUUAUCGUGACGUAUUUACGGAAAAUGUGAACGGAAUAAUAAAUAAUUUUCCGACGGGCGUUAUGGCGUGACAGGCGUGCUCGAGUCGCUACGGAGGCGAAACUGUCAAACGUGACAGGCAUCACACGUAAUUUUUCACAAUUUUUAGUUUGAAAAAAAGGAUGGCCCACGUCAAUCAGGGAAUCGGGGAGGCCGCGGACUUUCUAACGAGGUUUCACAAUAUCUCGAACAAACUGAAAAAGCGAUUUCUGAGGAAGCCAAAUGUCGCGGAGGCAUGCGAUCAAUUUAGUGCCUUAGCUACCGAAUGCGAACAGAAAGAAUUGUGGCAAUAUGCAGGUUUGUGCUGGUUGGCAGCCGCUAGAUGCCAGGGCACAUUGGAAAAUGCCUCCUCGGAAAUAAAUCUUCUGGUGAAGGCUGGAAGGCAAUUCCUUAUAGCUGAGAAAAAAGAUAACGACAUAGGAUGUCCCUCUAUAGGCCAAGAGAACAUACAGGCGGCUGUGAGUUGCUUUGGCCAUUCUAUGGCUAGAUGCAGCAAUCAACCAGGAUUCAACACAAUUUCUGCUGGUUUAUCAGUAGAGUUGGCGUUAGCGCUAGGCCCAGGUCCCGCCGGUAUUCAACAGUUGCGCAAAGCAAUCGAUAUCUUUCCUACGUCAAAAGCUAUCAAUACCUUAGUGUCUUUCCAUAUAAGACAGGGAGAUUACGUCGCUGCGUUACAAAUACUCAAUGAAUUUGUAGAAUUUGUAGAAGCUUGUGUUGUGGCUGGUGCUAGAGGAAACUAUAAUGCUAUCUUACAUAGGUGCGAAGUGACGCGAGUACUUCUACUGCUCAUUCUUCAGCCAUCACCCCAGAGAUUGACCCCAUCUCUCGCCCAAGUCCUCGAAAAGUACGCGUGGGCGGAAGAAAAUGUGAACAACGGUCUCAAUAUGAGCGAGGACGAAUUAUUAUUACUGCAAUCCCUAGUAUUAGCGUGCCAAUCUCACGAUCAUCAAGCGGUGUUGGAGCUCGAAAACGAACUAUAUCCUUACUUCGAUACAGAGCAGAAGGAACUGUUGCAUAAAUUGAUACAAGUAGUAUCGACGCAGUAAAUAUACAAUAAUGCCGUGUGUAACGA